UGAAGUGUGAAGAAGGCCCACGUUUGGAAAGUGGGUGAGGAAGGAAUGGCAGAGUUUUGGCUCAUUUCAGUUCCACUGGACAAAGUCAGUUCACAGUCUUUGGAAAAGCUUAAAAGGGCCACAGUCAAAUCCAGCCUAGGAAGCUACUUCAGAUUUCACAUCCCAGAGCUGAAGGUAGGAACACUGGAUGUGUUGCUCAGCGUGUCCGAUGAUCUCUCCAGACUUGACUCCUACACAGAAGAUGUAAUGCGAAAAACAUCACAGUGUAUGGCUGAGCACAUGGAGCAUUGCGGUGACAAGUUCAUGGAGAACGUUCUGUCUAAUGGAGUGGAUCUGACCUCAUAUAUGACAAAGUUUCAGUGGGACAGAGCCAAGUAUCCCACUGCCCUGGCGCUUAAACCUCUCACUGAUCUUAUCUUCAAGCAAGUGGCCCAGGUCGAGACGGAGAUGAAGUCUCGUAAUGCUGCAUACAGUGAUGUAAAACUCAGUCUGCGAUCGCUUCAGGAUAAAAAUGAGGGAAGUCUGCACACCAGAUCUUUGACUGGCAUUGUGAAAAAGGAGGAUUUGGUUCUCAACUCUGAGUAUCUCACCACUUUACUAGUUGUGGUGCCCAGGUUAGUGUGUUAGCAGUGGGAAAACUCUUAUGAAUCCAUGUCAGAGUUUGUGGUUCCUCGCUCCAGCAGGAAAUUGCUAGAGGAAGAUGAUGCUGGGAUUUUCACUGUGACGCUAUUUAAGAAUGCCGUCAGUGAAUUCAAAGCCAAUGCCAAAAAGCAUAAAUUUGCAGUGCGAGACUUCAGCUUAGAGGAAGUAGAGAGGCAACAACAGGAGAUGGGCCGCCUCAGCAGUGAUAAGAAAGAACAGUAUGGAAUAUUUGUGCGCUGGCUGAAAGUGAAUUUUAAGGAAGUAUUUGUGGCCUGGAUCCACAUUAAGGCCCUUAGAGUGUUUGUUGAGUCAGUCCUCAGGUAUGGCCUCCCAGUCAGUUUCCAGACUCUCCUGCUCCAGCCACAGAAGAAGCAGGUAAAACGACUACGAGAGGAGCUCAACUCUGUAUUCACACAUCUGGACCCCAUGACUAUGACUGGAAAACAGGAAGUGGGACUUGACAUUGCAGAGGUUAACAUAGGACAGCAGGAAUACUACUCCUACAUCUAUUACCCAAUCAGCAUUAACUUAUUGGACUCCAGCUAGCAGACACAGAAUAAACAAAAAAACAGACUCAUACAUCAUGCCCAUGUGACUCAGACAAGGCUCUCAAAAUGGCAAAGGGCCUUACAAAGACGAAUGUAAUGGAAAAAUGUGAACAUCAACGUAACACACACACACAAUACUACACACUUCCCCACUGUGUAGUCAAGCUAAAAGUAACAAUUUGUAUUCUCCUUAUUGUUUGAUGAUGUAAAUAAGUGUAAAUAAUCUCAAAAUGACUAUGCUGCAUUUAGAAAACCAUUGUACACUAGUAUAUUUAAUCAUGUUUUAUUUAUGUUAUUGGAAUCUGUCAACCCCUUGAAUGCUUUCUUAAAUCAGUUUAUACACUCUUCCAGUCCCGUUUUUUUUUUGUAAUUAUUUUUGCUCUUCCUUCAAUAGGAAAGGAAGAAAGGAACACUAUUAUAAGAAGGACAGCUCCUGAACCUCAGGGUCUAAACCUAAGUGCAUCAGGGCUUCUAUUGCAGGCAGGGAGUGAAAGAAAAUUAAUAACAAUCAUUUAAUAUAACAUGCUUCCUAAAUAUUUGGUAUUUGCCAGAAUAUAGAAACAGAACUGUGUAUUUAAAAAAAAUUGCAUACA